AGUGUCCUUCCCCUUUGCCCGCCGCUCUCACUCUCUCUUGGUUGCUUUCCUAUUCCGGCGAUGCUGCAAUAAAUCCCCCGUCGACGGCGGCCGCGGCCCUGCGCGAUCGUAGAUCCCUCCCAACCCAUGUCGAACGCUGGGUGCUCCUCCGUCCUCCCGGCGCCUUGCCGGCAGGCUGGCCAUCGCGCCCCCCUCCCCCUCCCGGCGGCUCCCCAGUUCGUGGCGAGGUUUCGCUCGAACCGUCGUCUUCGAGUCACCUGUGCCAGCGCCGCCGGGCACGUCUCCAGGAUUCCCCCCACCGAAGCGCGCCGUGUCCGAUCCCUCGCCGGCAGUCGACACCGUCCUCCUCCACUCACCCGGAUUCGCUCGGGGACUCCGCGUUGUGCAUAUGUCGAGAAGAUGUUGGUAGCAGAAACGGCAAGCCUGCUAGACGUGCAUCGAAAGGACCGUGAGGCUAGAAUAAGGAAGCAGCUCCGCAAGGUUGAACUACCGCCGUCUCCGUACGACACCGCGUGGGUGGCUAUGGUGCCCUUGCGGGGCUCCCCUCACACUCCAUGCUUCCCUCAGUGUGUUGAAUGGAUAUUGCAAAAUCAACAUGAAAACGGAUCUUGGGAUAUCAACGACUUUGGAUCAUCAGCCAACAAGAACGUUCUCUUAUCCACAUUGGCAUGUGUACUUGCUCUUGAGAAAUGGAAUCUUGGCCAAGAGCACAUAAGGAAAGGACUACAUUUUAUCGGAAGACAUUUCUCCCUUGUCAUGGAUGAGGAGAUUGCUGCUCCUACAGGCUUCAAUAUGAUUUUUCCUGGUAUGCUUAGCCUUGCCAUUGGGGCGGGAUUGCAAUUUCCUGUCAGACAAACUGACAUUGAUGGGAUUCUUCACCAAUGGGAGAUGGAAUUGAAAAGGUCUGUUGAUGGAAAAACAUUGGCCGGGCAGAAAUCUUAUGGGAGAGAAGCAUAUAUGGCCUAUGUCUCCGAAGGGUUAGGAAACUUACUGGACUGGAACGAAGUUAUGAAGUUUCAGCGGAAGAACGGGUCGUUGUUCAACUCUCCUUCCACAACUGCUGCUGCGUUAGUCCACAACUAUGAUGAUAAAGCCCUCGAUUACUUAAAUAUGAUAGUCAGUAAAUUUGGUGGUGCAGUACCAACAGUGUAUCCACUAAAUAUGCACUGCAAGCUUUCAAUGGUGGAUUCGCUUGAAAAGAUUGGAAUUUCUCGGCAUUUUUCUAGUGAGAUAGAGGGAAUCUUAGACAUGGCAUACAGUUUCUGGUUACAGAGAGACGAGGAAAUUAUGAUGGAUGUAGCAACAUGUGCAAUGGCGUUCCGCCUUUUAAGGAUGAAUGGGUAUGAUGUAUCCUCAGAUGAGCUGUCUCAUCUUGCUGAAGCCUCCAAUUUCCAUAAUUCACUUCAAGGAUAUUUAAGUGAUACAAAAUCUGUACUGGAACUAUACAAGGCUUCAAAAGUCUGUGUAUCAGAACAUGAAUUAAUCCUAGAUAACAUUGGCAAUUGGUCUGGCAGCUUAUUGUCAGAAAAGUUGUGCUCUGAAGGGGUACAAGGCCUACCAAUCUUAGAGGUCGAGUAUGCCCUUAAGUUUCCCUUCUAUACCACGCUGGAACGUCUAGACCACAAGAGGAACAUCGAACAUUUUGAUGCUAGAGGUUCUCACAUCCUGAAGACAGAGUGCUUGCCGUAUGGUAUCAACCAAGAACUUUUGGCUUUGGCUGUUGAAGAUUUCACAUUUUCUCAAUCUAUCUACCAGGAUGAACUCCUGCAUCUUGAUAGGUGGGUGAAAGAAAACAGGUUGGACCAGCUACAAUUUGCACGGCAGAAGUUGACAUAUUGUUAUCUCUCUGCUGCUGCUACGAUUUUUCCUCCUGAACUUUCUGAUGCUCGCAUAUCGUGGGCCAAAAACGGUGUGCUCACAACCGUUGUUGAUGACUUCUUCGAUGUUGGAGGAUCAAAAGAAGAACUAGAAAACCUCAUAGCAUUAGUUGAGAAGUGGGAUGAGCAUCACAAAGAUGACUUCUGUUCGGAGCAAGUAAGGAUUGUAUUUUGUGCUCUCUAUACCACAGUGAACCAGCUUGGAUCAAUCGCUUCUGCCGUACAAAACCGUGACGUUAAAAAUCACCUCAUAGAAAUAUGGCUACAUCUAUUGAGGUCUAUGAUGACCGAGGCAGAAUGGCAGAGGAGCCAAUAUGUGCCAACAAUGGAAGAAUACAUGACAAAUGGGGUAGUUUCAUUCGCACUGGGGCCCAUUGUGCUUCCAGCAUUGUAUUGUGUCGGGGAAAAGCUAUUGGGGAGUGCUGUCAAAAAUCAAGAGUACAGUGAGUUAUUUAGGCUAAUGAGCACCUGUGGCCGUCUCCUCAAUGACAGCCAAGGCUUUGAGAGGGAGGGCAGCGAGGGGAAACUGAACAGCGUUUCGCUACUUGUUCUUCACAGCGGUGGUUCUAUGUCCGUAGAAGCGGCUAAGAAUGCGAUACAGAAGUCCAUAGUCGCUUCGAGGCGGGACUUGCUAAGAUUGGUCCUCAAGGAAGGCACGGUUGUUCCCAGGGCAUGCAAGGAGCUGUUCUGGAAGAUGUGCAAGAUACUUCACCUGUUCUACUUCCGGACCGACGGUUUCAGCUCGCCAAAGGAAAUGGCCAGCGCGGUGAAUGCUGUUAUCAACGAGCCACUCAAGCUCCCAAGUUAACAAUCCAUGGUUGAUUGUCUCAUCAUAAAAAUAAAGAUAUUCAUGUGUUCAUAUGGAGCAGAGGAAGCAGCAGUGAACCUUUGAUCCUGUAACUUAGGGGAGUGAAUUGCAAAAAGUAUCGACAUUGAAGACUAGGGUUGCAGGAACCACAGUUCUACAAUUUUGUGCCGAAAAACACAUUCCGACGCUAAUUUUUUUGCAAAAAACACUAGUCGGUGGCUUAGGUCAUUUUGAGCACGAUUAUGACAACUGGGUCCCACUGGACAGGGUGACGUGGCAAAUAAAAAGGCAAUCACAUCCGGAUACAAUUUUCUUUUUACAAAAGAAUCCCUGAGAAAACGCAAUCGGGUCCGUCUUUCAUCUCCAAUCGUGUACCGUGAACCUUUCACCGGCGCCAGCGCCGGGCCGGGGCGGCGGAGCCCGAUGCGGGGCAUGGCAUCGGGCGGCGACGAAGCUCUGUCGUGCGCCUCCCUGUCCACCCGCCAUAUGCAGCACCGGCGUCGGCCGCAAGCAGCAGCGACGCCGGACGCGAGCAGCAGCAGCCGCGCAGGCAGCGCGUGGGCGCGAGCAGUGGCGCCGGCCGCGAGCAGCAUCAGCCGCUGCGAGAGUAGCAGCAGCCACACAGGCAGCGCGUGGGCGCAAGCAGCAGUAGUCGCGCCAGCCGCGCGUUGGCGCGAGCAGCGGCGCCGGCGGCCAUGCUCCAGGUGUGCUGCUCGGAGUGGGGCACGGCGAAGCUCGUGGCCCAGCCGGCACAGGAGAGUUGCUGCUGGCUUGCAUGCCGGCGAGCUCGAGCUCCACCGGCCAGAGCAGGGAAGGCCCAGCCGGCAUAGUCAACGGUGAGAGGAGAUGGAACCUUAUCCUCCCUUUUUUUCAAUAAAAAAACUUUAUCCUCUUUCUCCCUUUUACAAUGUAGUCCUUUUUUUCAAUAAAAAAACUUUAUCCUCUUUCUCCCUUUUACAAUGUAGUCCCUUCUAUUCUGUCUAUUUGUGACCCAUUAUGUCGUGCCA